AUGGAGGUUUGGGACGAACCCAUCAUGGAAAAACAAAACAUCCUUCGUCUGGUUUUAUGUGGUACCGAGGAUGAUGGGAGUGUGAUGAUGAUGCUGGUGGUGGUGGGGGACCGAGUCGUGACUCGGUCGGUAAAGCCGGGUCCACUCGGCGAGCAAAGGGUGCAGUGGAAAGAAAAGCGCUUUUUGGUUUUGGUUUUCAGUGCGGGUGGAGGAACCGAAGAGAUGGGGGUUCUCGUACAUGACGUGGCGGAGCGGGAAUGGCGGGAGGGAAAGUCAGGUGAUUGUCUUUUGACUUUUUAUGUGUUUCAGCCAAUGAGGGCUCGGUACUACAGUUGA